UACUUUCUCCUUCACAUUUGCUCAAAAGGAAACAUCAUCAUCAUCACCAUCGUCAUCGCUCUUUUUUAUCUCUCAGUUUCUUACUGUUUCCGGGAAUCUUCCUUCUUUAUCAAGUAUCAAGAGAAAUUUGCAAGAGCUAAAGUGGUCUGGUCUAAAGACUGAUUUGCUUUGUUUAGAGUAAGAGAUCAAGAGUGGAGUAGUGUAUAUCGCUAGAAAGUGCUUCUUUUUUCCAUUGGUAGAAGCACUUUCUUGGAAAUUCUGGAAAACGGUAUCGGGAUUUUUCUGAGAAAAGGAGAUCGGAGGUAAUGUGGUCGAACGAAAAGAACCUUCCAUCGAGAUCGAGGGGUUUCUUCACCCCGCAGCCGCCUGCAUGGAAGAAAACACAGUCCUCUGUUUUGCCAAUGUCAGAGAGGAAAAGAAUCUCGCCUGCCGAUCAGGCCGAUUCUUUUCAUGUCAUUCACAAAGUUCCAGCUUCUGAUUCUCCUUAUGGCAGGGCAAAGCACGUCCAGUUGAUAGACAAGGAUCCCAGUAAAGCCAUUUCCCUGUUCUGGGCAGCUAUUAAUGCUGGAGAUCGGGUUGACAGUGCAUUGAAAGACAUGGCUGUUGUGAUGAAACAACUUAAUAGAUCUGAUGAGGCUAUUGAGGCAAUCAAAUCUUUCCGUCAUCUUUGUCCUCAUGAUUCUCAAGAGUCUCUUGAUAAUGUCCUUGUUGAACUCUACAAGAGGUCUGGACGGGUUGAAGAAGAGAUUGAAAUGCUUCAGAACAAACUGAGGAACAUUGAGGAAGGGACAGUUUUUGGCGGAAAGAGGACAAAGAUUGCGAGAUCUCAAGGGAAGAAGAUUCAGAUUACUAUUGAACAGGAGAAAUCAAGGAUACUAGGGAAUUUGGCCUGGGCCUAUCUCCAGCAACAUAAUUAUGGAAUUGCUGAGCAACAUUACAGAAAAGCAUUGUCUCUGGAGCCAGAUAUGAAUAAGCAAUGCAACCUGGCAAUAUGCUUGAUGCACAUGAACAGGAUCAGUGGAGCAAAAUCACUGCUUCAGGAUGUGAAAGCUUCAUCAGGAAAUGAACAGAUGGAUGAAUCCCACUCUAAAUCUUAUGAACGUGCUCUGGAUAUGCUGAUCCAAGUAGAAUCACAAUCAAUGUUAGAGCCGGUGGCAAAGGAACCAGAUAAGGGAAGGGAAAUUCAAAGACCCUCGACACCAUACAGGGAUAGAGGUUUGAAAGAAGCUGGCAUUAUCCUUCCUAGAAAUGAGGACACCAUUUCAGGUUUUAUGGGCAGGAGAAGGUUGCCAUAUGCACAUUGGGAAGGGAAGAUGCUAAUCGAUGAGCAAAAUGGUGAAUCUUACUGUAGAAAUCCACUUGAGAAGAAUGAUAACUUCUCUGGAUAUGAUGACAGAAGUUCAAAAUGCACACCAAUUGGACAGAAAGGUUAUUUGCAGUCUUCUCCAGAAAGCAUGUUCACUGAGAAGUGGAGAAUAGGUUCAUAUUGGGAAAGCCCGUGUGAAGGGUCAGUGUAUUCCAGCAAGCUGAAGGAAAACUGGGGGUAUUCAACAGGAGAAGAAGUAGGUUCUGCACAAAAGAAAAUAUAUGCUUCCUCAGCAGCUAGUAAAAGGAACUCAGAAGCUUUAUUUACCCAACCAAGACGAUGUUCACAGGGCUUCAAUAAUGCAGAUCAGAAGAGAGGAGGAAGAUGGGGAGAAGAUACAGUUCGAAAUUCAAUUCGAAAACUCUCCUUUGAGCAAACUCUAACCAGUGAAAGUGAGCCAUCGCAUUCAAUCCAGAAUCUUAAUGAAAAACCACAAACUUCAAAUAAUGGGAAGUCUGAGAACUCUGCAACUGGCCGAAUGGAAGAGGAGGCUCAGGAGGGCUUAUCUGGAGUUCUAUUCACACAGCCCAGAAACUCUUUGUUGUGGCUAAAUAAUAGAGAUCAAAGAAUGGAAAGAUGGGCAGAAGAAUCUGUUGGCUGUCCAUUUCGCAAGCUGUCAUUCGAGAAGAAUAUAACUGGUGUGACUCCACAUUCAGCGCAUGGUCUUAAUGGAGAACCAUUUUUUUCAUCUAAAGAUGAAUCAGAAAUUGGACUGGAAAAGCCUGCCAAUGCACCAAAUAAGAAAAGCUGGGCAGACAUGGUUGAAGAAGAAGAGAAAGAAGAAUUACUCAACAGCUAUGAUGGCUUCAACAGGGAAGAGGUGUUCAAUGAUGAAAACCUGAAUUCCAACAUAAUUUAUCCACGCCCUGAUUGUAAGGAUCAUAUUGGGAAUAUCACUCAACAACUUGAAUCAUUUGAUAUAAAAGGUGGGGACAAUGCAUCAGCAAACACUGUUUCAUCAAGGAGAAAUCGGCUGCAAGUUUUCCGGGACAUAACCAGUUCAUGAAGACCAGACUGUUAAUAGCUUUAGUUUCAUGGUGUUAGUUUGAUUUAUUCUCUUUGAACUGUCUUUCUGAGUCCAGCUUUACUGCCACACCCACCAUUGUUGUAUAUCACCAUCUUCUAUUCAUUGUACAUUGUAAAGAAUCAUUGUAAUUGAAAUAAGUAUAUCCUACAUGGUUGAA